AUGCUCUUCCUGCAGCUCACUCUUCUCAGCUUACUGACUGUAGCUCCUGACUUACUUGUUUCUGGAGAGAAUAUGAUUACUUGCUAUGGCGAUGUCCAACACUUGCUGUGUAACACUGGACUGAUUAUAGUGAAGUCUUCUGUGUAUGGCCGAACGGACAGCAGCACUUGUAGUAUUGGUCGGCCUAAUUCGCAGGUUGCUAAUACCAACUGUUAUUCGCUGAUUUCUACAAUUGCUGAUAGAUGCAAUGGACUGAGAGAGUGUGAGUUAAAGACGGAUGUACUUGGCAACCCUGACCCAUGUUAUGGAACUUACAAGUACUACAACACAAGUUAUGAUUGUAUCAAUGCCAAGCUUGUUGUGAUCUGCGAGCAGGGCUACAGCACACUGGAUUGUGGAGCUGAUUCUAUUAAGAUCAUAAAUGCAAACUUUGGGCGUGCUGACUCCAGAACCUGUUCAGCUGGACUCACCAACAAUUUGAUCCAGAAUACCAACUGUUACGCUCCAAACACACUCUCAAUUGUGGCCGCACUGUGUAAUGGAAUGAAAACAUGCACUUUACAAGCUUCAAGCACCAUCUUUACAGAUCCUUGUACUAAAACUGUUGAAUACCUCACUGUGUCCUACAUCUGCACUAAGGAACUUGUGGCCUGUGAAGGCAGUACUGCGUCACUGAACUGUGGUGCCAGCAAUAUAAAGAUUAUCAGUGCUAACUACGGCCGAACCAAUUCCACCACAUGUUCCUCAGGACGACCUGCCAAUCAACUCUCCAACACAAACUGCUUCACGGCUGACACAGUAACUAAAGUUGCAGCUAGAUGUGAAGGAGUUAGCAGCUGUCAGGUCCCUGCUACCAAUUCUGUCUUCUCUGACCCCUGUCCUUACACCUAUAAGUACCUGAAUAUUGUGUACGCCUGUGUCUGAUUGUAAGUUUAUUUUUCUGCCAAACUGUGUAUUCAGUAACUGUGUUAAUGCAGAUCUACACACACAUAUGGGUAAUAGAAUACUGUACAUAUUAAUCUCCAAAAGUGCAUGUCACAAUGAAGUAGAAGGUAGGUACAUCGUUACCAACUACAAAAAUCCCUAUAUAGUGUU